AUGUGCAAAAGUGCCAACCUUGAUAAAUCUUCAAGACUUCUCAGCAAGAUCAACAAUUGGGCAUCUGCAUGGCGGCCUAAUAAGUCUGGCGAAGGUGGUAGGCACAAGAAGACCAUGGCAACACGAGGGCAGAACGUUCCAAAAUUCCAUCCUCUGUCUGAGUCCGUCAAAAUUGCUGCUAUCGAGUGUGGAGAGGUUUUGAGCAAGAGAGAUACUUGGAAGACGAUCCAGAUUCCAUCAGAUCCGUUAGGGACUUGCGACGCUUGGGACCAUGGUCUGGGCGAGAACUUACGACAUUUAUGUAGCAACUUUGUGGACGAGUUUCCUCCACUGCAGGAACAGUCUUCCUCGAGCGAAAUCCGAUUCAAUGCAGUGCGUUUUACCAAACCUGCGAAAGUCCCCAUGACACCUGGAGUGAGCGUUGAUUUGAUACCCGUCUUCAUUUCUAGAAGUACACCAACCGUUGAAAAUAAGAGAUUGAGGAUUGGGGAAUAUGUGCGGUUGACUGAAAGUGGGCUCAUUGGGAAUAUCGAUGAAGGAGAAGGGGUUUACUGCAUAUGUCUUCUUGUUUUGUCGCGGUAA